AUGGGUCUUAGCAUUAUAAACAAGAGAUUUCAAUAUUAUCAAUCUUAUGCAGAAUCAAUUGUGCGAAAUAAUGCUUUAGAAUCAAAAUUCAUAAAAAAAUGUAUUUGUCCAUUUUCAUGAAAAUUCAUCAAAAAAAUCCUGAAAAAUAGCACAUUAGUCAUCAUAUUGUGUACGCCCACACAAAGGGGGCAUUCACUCACAAAAACCCCUCAGAAUUUUUAUAUUCUGCCCAAAUAA